AUGAGUUGCCAAGCCUUUUCAAAAAAUAUUGGUCCAGCUCUGAUUGCUUGGUUUCUCCUUAUAUUUCUUACUGUUUUGUAUUUAGUGUUUAUUUGUUGGGAUUUUAGCAAAGAAACUAGUUAUGCAUUUACUGUGUGUCAUUCUUUGCUGUUUUUCUUUGUGGUAUCUGCAUUUGGCAAGGCAACCUUCAUGGACCCUGGAUAUUAUGCUAUGGGGGUUCCCGGUGAAAAGAUGACUACUGUUGAGAAAGGUUCCCCUCGUACUGUAAUGUAUAAGUCUGUUGACAUAAAUGGAGUUUCCACCCGUUUGAAAUGGUGUGUCACAUGUGAAUUUUACAGACCUCCUCGCUGUUCUCAUUGCUCUAUUUGCAAACAUUGCAUUGAUACGUUUGAUCAUCAUUGUCCUUGGCUGAACAAUUGUAUUGGGAAACGGAACUAUCGGUAUUUUUUCUCGUUCCUACUCACAUUAACUCUUCAUAUGAUUAUUGUUUUUGGCGUGUCCAUGACGUAUGUUCUGAUGCGUACGAAUGAACUCUCUCACUACAAAGUCAUUAUUGCCAUUGGCGUGUUAAUUUUGGUAGGCUUAUUGCUGCUUCCUGUGCUAGGUCUGACGGGAUUUCACAUUUUUUUAGUCAGCAAAGGACGAACUACAAAUGAACAGGUCACUUCAAAAUAUGAUCUUGAUAUGAACCCUUAUGAUCGCGGCCUGUGCAAGAACUGGCUACACAUUUUUUGUACCUCUCAACCACCUAUAUUGAAUCGACCAAAUGUAGCAGAAGUUGAUAUGUGGGAAAUAUCCUAUAAUGGUAAACCUAUCAAACACCGCCAAACAUCAAAUUUGCGUUCUGGUUCUAAUAACUACAAGCUUUCUGAUACUUUUAAAUCAUCUAAAAACCCGGUUGAUAUUGUUAAACAGGGAGAAGUUGUUUGUGAAAAGGUGGAUUUGGAAGAUAUAGUUAAUCAUUCUUCUGAUCAACGAAACACAUCUGAAUUAAUAUCAAGUGUUCAUCAUGAAUUAAACAAAUCUCUUUCACCCAACCCACAAUCAAAAGUUUUAUCCCUUAAAGAGUUUUCAAAUGCAACCCACACUAAUGAAAACCUUAUGUCUAGAUCGCAAUCUCCUGUUUGUGGAAGGACUGGCGAAUUAAAUAAAACAAAUCCUAAUCUUGCUUUAGUAGGAACAAAGUCAAAGUCUUUAGGUAACAAAGAUCAAGGUAAAAGUCUACUGAUUGGGACAAAUACACCAAAAUAUGUAUCAAAUGAAAAUAGUGCUAGCUUUAAUUCUAAUAUCAAUUCUGUUGUAACAUCUACUAAUGUCCCCACAAAAAUCAUAUCCGAUAGAGAUCGUUUCGGCAUAAAAGGUGACCAUUUAACUCCACUUCUAGGAUCUCAAGCGAAUUCGGACGUUGACUUGAUUCGGGGACGUCAAUCGCAAAAACUUACAAUAGAAAACCAAAGUAAGUCGAGUAAUUCGCUUCAUCUCAGACAACAGGAUCAGAGUGCCGCUACCGAAAUUGGAAGAAGUUCUUCACGUGAUUUUUCUUCUCGUUCCAAUGAAAAUAUGUGUCCUUGUACAUCAUCUAAUUCGAUGAUGAAUAUCCGCGAUCGAGUCACCCUACCGAUAAGUUCACAUGGUGCGCCAUUUUUUCAACCGCGUGUUGCUACUGCCGAACAAUUCAGCACUGAGGAUUUUAAUGGUACACAGUGUACAUCUAAAUCUUACUCCCCUUCAACAGGUCGUGGUAUACAUUAUGUCACGUCAGCUACACUUGAUUGUUACACCCCUGAAUCUGUAAAUCUACCAACUAGCAAUAUAUCAAGGGGUUUUGUGAAAUCAAUGAGAUCUGAACAACGCCGUCAUGAAUUUCCGCACCAGUUUUAUCCUCGGUCUCCUGGAAUGCAAGUAGAUCAAAGACACUUACUACCCCAUAAUGAAGUUGCCAAUCAUUUAUCUCCACGGUCACUUCACAGUCUUCCUCCACCUCUACCUCCUCAUGGCUCCCAGACAAAUAUUUCUCAUGCUCGUCCAUUUUGGCCUCCAGCUGUACCUCCUCACGGUAUUUCUAAAUCAGUACCAUAUUUCUUGCCGGUUGAUACAGCUAGUCAAUUUAGUAAUACCACAGCAUCCUCUAAUCUUCGUUUGGUCAAACCACCUUAUUUCAGUAAUCCUCAUGGGGUUCAAGUGGAUGGAUCUAGUUACUUCAUAGGUAGUUCACGUACAAAUGAGCAGUCAGCUUCAAAAUUUGUAUCUCAGUCAUUUGGUUCGACUCAUUGUCCUUCAAUUAUGACACAAGCUGGUUCACGUCCUACGCCACCAUUACCUCCGCAUAAUCGAAUUUCUAAACUGAAUGCACCAAACAAUCGAAUGCAAUCAACUGGACAUAGGAAUUCUAA